ACCGGAGCAGAGGAAACAAGCUCCUGCAGCUUUGUGCUUUUUGCGACCAGGCGGCUUUUUUUUGUUUAGUUCAUACAACCAUUUCUUUCCAACUUCAGCUACAGUGUUAGCUAAGUUCGGAAAGGAGAAAAAGAAAGAAACGUCGUGUCUUUAUUGUGUGUCGCUGCAGACAGUAAGAUGCGCUGCUAGCAGAUGAUCGACCUCCUUUAGCGUCACAUUACAAAAGACGAGCCAAAAAGAAGCAAUAUUCUUUGUUUUCCUUUUAUUGUGGCAUUUGGACAGCUAUAAAAAUGGAUAACUCUGCACCCAAGAAGACGUGCUGUGAAUCUGUAAAGGACUUCUUCACUUCAGCUAAAUUCCUUAUUUACAUGGGACAUGCUCUGUCAACAUGGGGUGACCGAAUGUGGAAUUUCGCCGUGGCUGUGUUCCUGGUGGAGCUGUAUGGGAACAGCCUGCUGCUCACGGCCGUGUACGGGCUGGUUGUGGCCGGCUCUGUGCUGCUGCUUGGGGCCAUCAUCGGGGACUGGGUGGACAGAAAUCCCAGACUGAAAGUUGCCCAGACCUCGCUGCUCGUCCAGAACAGUUGCGUCAUCGUGUGUGGGAUCCUCCUGAUGGUUGUUUUCCAGUUCAAAGAACAGCUUGUGGAGCUUUACAAUGGAUGGAUUCUGACCACCUGCUACAUUCUGGUCAUCACCGUUGCCAACAUCGCCAACCUGGCCAGCACGGCCACCUCCAUCACUAUCCAGAGGGACUGGGUGGUGGUUGUUGCAGGUCAGGACAGCAGCAAGUUGGCAGAUAUGAAUGCCACUGUGCGGAUCAUCGACCAGCUGACCAAUAUCCUUGCUCCCAUGCUGGUGGGUCAGAUAAUGUCCUUUGGCUCCCACUUCAUCGGCUGCGGCUUCAUCUCUGGCUGGAACCUGUUCUCCAUGUGUCUGGAGUACACGCUGCUGUGGAAGGUCUACCAGAAGACGCCGGCGUUGGCUGUGAAAGCCGGUCAGAAGGAGCAACAGCAGGAGCUCAAACAGCUCAGCUCCCCCAAAGAGUUGGAGAACGGCCAGAGUCCUGAAGAGUCAUCUCAGCCUCUGAUGAAUGAAAACUCAGUCGUGGAUAAACCUGACUCCCCCAAGCAGCAAGGCUUGUGCCACCAGGUGACCGAACCCCUGCGCACCCUCAAGGGCGGCUGGGUCUCCUACUACAACCAGAACAUCUUCUUUGCCGGAAUGUCCCUGGCGUUUCUCUACAUGACUGUGCUUGGCUUCGACUGCAUCACUACCGGCUAUGCCUACACACAGGGGCUGAACGGCUCGGUGCUCAGCCUGCUGAUGGGCGCCUCGGCCAUAUCAGGAAUCUGCGGCACGGUCGCCUUCACCUGGGUCCGCAGGAAGUGCGGCCUGAUCCGCACCGGCUUCAUCUCAGGCAUCGCCCAGCUGUCCUGCCUCAUGCUGUGCGUCGUCUCUGUCUUUGCUCCGGGGAGCCCCCUCGACCUCAGCGUGUCCCCAUUCAAGGACCUGUACACCCACCUGAUGGGAGAGACGACACUCCCUGAGGCCGACCACAUCCUCAACGGUGUUCUUACUGUCGGAAACUCAACUACUGCUGCACCAGCUGCAGAGCUGCCACCUCUGCAGUCCUACAUGUCUGUUAGUCUGCUGUUUGCUGGCGUCAUCGCUGCUAGAGUUGGCCUGUGGUCCUUCGACCUGACAGUGACCCAGCUCAUCCAGGAGAAUGUGAUCGAGUCGGAGCGAGGUGUGAUCAACGGCGUCCAGAACUCCAUGAAUUACCUCUUAGACCUGCUGCACUUCAUCAUGGUGAUUCUGGCUCCGAACCCAGAGGCCUUUGGCUUGCUGGUCAUCAUCUCUGUCUCGUUCGUGGCCAUGGGUCACGUCAUGUACUUUGGCUUUGCCUUCAAGAACCUGGGCAACCGCCUCUUCCUCUGCUGCUCUCCGGAGCAGAAGGAGGAGAUGGUGGAAAGCCCCUCACUUCCUACAACCGUUUAACCACAUUAAAGAGACUCUGUCCUGGGUACAUACUGUAUCUCUCAAGCCUUACAUUAACCCUGCAUUUUAUUUAUCUCACUAACAUCUUUGCUUGUAGCUGGGAGAAUGCUAACACAAACCAGAGAAAGGUAACCUAACAUGCUCUGCUUAAUGGAACCAUUAACAAAGCAUAAAUCAUAUGCAGAAGGAGGUGAGUAGAAAGCUUGCAGUCGUAGGAAGCUAAUCCAUAGUCAAACUUAGGAUACGGCAGGGUUUCUCUUAUUUUUCCGGUCAGAUGAGAGCCUCAGCCUUCCAUCUGUGGGUCCAUGCUCUUUGAAACAUACAUGCACUGUCAAACAAGGAACCAAUCACUUCUACGCUUGGGGCCCCAAAGUGAGUCCUGCUAAAGAAGUCAGGGGAUAAGGCACUGGCAAGUAUUCUCCUUCUAACAGCCUGGGAUUCAGCUGUAAAGAUUUCAAAGGUGCUGCAGCUAACGAAAGGGCAACAUGAGGGAGAAAUGUUGCGGGGAAAGCAGGUACCGAGGACGAAGAAGGCAGAGCGUCCUCUACUUUGUUGGUGCUGUAGCUGUGUCUGCUAUCUGUUCUCUGAUAGCCUCUGUGUUUGAUAAGCAGGUUGUGGAAGUCUUGCUACAGAGGACAGGAAGAUAGUUUUAUACAACCAAACACAAACGUAUACAGUCUGUUUUAUACAUGGUUAAAAGAAUGAUUCUGUAGACUGUAUAUAAGAAGUGGAAGUAUCUCCGACGUGCCCUCAAAGAUUGCUCCUUUUGAUGCCUUGAGUUUGGCAUUUUCGAAGUUGUCAUCUUGUUUUUUUUGGAACUGGAAGCACCCACAUUUAAGACAACAGGGUGGAGCUGGAAAGAAGUGAUUGGGUUACCAAACCCUGAUCUACAAGUUUAUUCCAGUGCUCUUUUUGUUAGCAGAGUGGUGUGAUUUCAAUUGGGAUAGCGACAUACCUAUCACAUGUAGCCACACCUUAAAUCACACCCUGCUUCACCAUUUAUUUGACCCAUAAUUGGACAGUAAUCUACUAAAUAAAUACCACGCUGUAUUAAAGGAGACUUAGGAAACUAGCGACAAAGACAGUAAACUCAUCAGGAAAAUGUUGAGGGUCUGCUAUGCAACUUUUAGAGCGGCUCUUCAGACCAAAACAAAUACCCUCAAUGUAUCCCUCAGCUCCCCCUCUGCAAUGACCCUCUGUCAUUAUGCCCCUAGAAACAGCAUCCCUGAGCGAGGGGGCAGUCCUUCUUCCCGUCUGCCUCUAACAGUUAGAAAGGGAAGGGUUGACGUAAAGAAAGCGUGUUUGUAACAUUUUAGAGCCUCUGAGUGAACCAUAGAUGAAGGACGCGCCAUCCUGUCAGUGUGAACAUAGAGCUGAGAACAACAAACUCGGGGGGAGUUUGACUUCACUCUCUUUUCAGGAAGUCAUAAAAACACGAUUCUUGCUAUCUUAACGGUCAGAAUGUCCAGUAUUGAUUUUUUAACUGGGGUCAAAAUAAAGGGAGAAUAAAGAUGAUUCUCUCCGACUUUAAUACAAUCAAAUUUGUAUUUAAAACUUUUAGAGUCGCCCCCUGCUGGCCAUUCGAGAGACUGCAACUUUAAGGAACUUCAGCAGCCUAGAGACUUCGAUCACUUCUUCUACACAGUCUAUGGUUGAUGUUUUUUUUCUGUAUUUAUUCAGGAAACACACGCAGUGGUUUUUAUAAAAAGUUAUAUCAUCAGUAUUGUAACAGUUGUGCCAUAAGAGUGAAAUGAGAAAUCCUAUGCAUCCUCUGUCAAUAUCUCUCUCACGUACCAAAGUCAAAGUCCGCAUGUGGCAUAUAAGGAAGUGAGGGAAACCUGGAGCAUUCCAAAUAUAUAUUUUUACACCACGUGACGGUGGCUGAGUAGGCUCACUAAAGCCUUCAUACACAUCUAGUUCAUCUGAACACUUCUAGCCCACUCUGAGAUUGUACCCAAAUCUUCUGGUAGUUUUACAUUGAUAGUGUUAUUUUGUUUGAUUUUCAUGUUCUCUUUCUUGACUAAUUUUAUAAUCAUGAUUGUUGUUACACAGGCACUUUAAGUGAUUGACGUCUGUCAUUACACCCAACGCGUGAUCAGGCAUUUGAUCAAUACUUUUGCACAAGAUUGAAGUCCUGACCCACCUCCCUCCCACCUCCCUCCCUCUCCCCCUCAGCUUAAACCCCUCGAGUGUAAUAAGCUGAGUAAGGCCUUGAUUUACUGCUUAUUCAUGUAACUGUCUAUAAAAACGUUAUUUCUUCAUAAUCCCACUUUUAAGAUCUAAAUAAUGUAGCUCAUCUAGUUCCUUUCCAGCUGUGAUCUUCAGUGAUUUCUGUCGCCUUAUUGUAAAUCAGCUGUUAAAAGCACAGAAGCCGCUACGUCAAGGUCGUUAACCAGCCGCAUCCCACCCUUGAAAUGAAAGUCCAGCUAGUCUAGCCAGGUUUUUGGUAACGUGGAGGGUGGAUGUUUGGGUUGGAAAGUGGCGUAACCGCACCAGAUGUAGGAGAACACAAGGCCACUAUGUUGUCGCUCAUGCUCAUGAAACCUUUUGGAGGCCGCGUUGGCGAGUCAGGAUGUCUGCAGGUGUGUGGAAAAGUGCAGACUCACAGGGAAUGGAGCUUAAUUUCCAUGUUCCACCGACGACUUAUUAUUGUAACCACAGACUUGUUCUGGGCUCGAGAUCAAAACCAGCUCUUAAGACGGCUGGUCUUCUGAUUCAGGAAUACCACCAAUGGCCAUAACUCUGUAUUUUUACUGUAAAUAACUGUCUGUCUGUUGUGAUACACUUGGAAAGGGCAAAAAAAAGACAAAAAACAUUGUUUGUACCAUGCUGUUUGUCUGGAGAUGUUGACUUCUGUUUUUUUGUACAUGUUUUUAUAUACCAAGUGUUCAGACUUUGUGUCAAAUUUAGGUUUCUUGAAGAUUUUUUAAAAUUUGUGUACAAAGCAAAUUACUGCAUUUCAUCAACACAUCUGUAUAAUACUGCUUUGAUCGGACUAUAUAUAUAUCUCUUUGUAUAUAUAGAUACAGUAUAUUGUAUAUAUAUCAGUGUUAUUGUAGGUUGUUAGAUGAAGCAUCAAAUCAUGAAGAAAUCAUUUGUCAUAAUCGCACUCCACUGAGUACAAGGACGUUCGUACUGCUUCUAAUGCAUGAGGUCUUAUAAAUAAAGAAAACCUUCACAAUC